ACAGACUUUAUUUGGCGGAGGAGUGCCUUGCCUUUUAGAGGAAAAAAGUACUGGAAUGGUGUCUCAGUCACACAUCCCUUUUACGACACAAGACUUUAUAAAAAGCAGCUUACAAAUACCAAGGACCUGGAGGUCGACGAUGAGCCAUAUAUUGUACUACCUCCGGAUAACACGAUCAACACGAAAGAGGAAGCGUUUAAACUUGAUGAGGGAGGAGCGACAACGGCCGAGACAACAACACCUUCAACAAUACCUCCAACAACCACAACAACGCAGACAACGCAGACAACGAUUACUACUGUUACUACACCUACCACACCACUGACAACACCCACGACACUUCCCCCCAUCACUACCAUUACUACACCCCCUACCACUCCAACAACUCCUCCGACCACGCCCACACCUCCGCCAACUACAAAACCGACGGAGAAGGUGCAGGUGAUAGCUAUACACGCUGGAACGCCACCUACAAAAAGGGCGUUUCCGACCGCAGCCAACAUUAACCUCAACUUAGAAAUUGGCGAUAACGGUGAUGCUAGUCAACCUGAGCAACACGAAAGCGUCCCAGUGACUCCCACGGCUCAGAGCAUUUACACUAUCAAUCAACAAGAGCAAUCUGCAGAGCAGCCUACUCCGCAAGUAAUAAUAGCACCAAUGCCGGGGGGAAUGGGUGCUUCUCAAAAUCAACAGCCUCAAAUUAUAAUGGCACAACCGGCUCAGACACCACCACAACAGCCGCAAGUUGUGUACGCUCCCCAGCCGCCUGCCCAACAACAGCCGCAGUAUGUUAUAGCACCACAGCAACCAGAACAACCUCAACCAGAAUACGUUAUGCAAGUACCACAGGCGGCCCAACCACCACCACCACCGCAACCAAUUAUCAUUGCUGCACCAACACCACCCCAGCUCCUGUGCUCUACCAACAGCCGGUCAUUCAACCUGUUCAACAGCCUGCUCCAAUUUCUACCUCUCCAAUGUAUCUUCAACAAGCGCCUCCUCCACGAGCAGUCAUAGCCGCACCACAAACACCGAUGUAUGGUCAGCCAAACGUGGCUGCUCCUCAAGUAAGCAUUUCUGCGUCACCGCCAGCCUCAAUUACAGUGAAUUCCCCUGGAGUUCAGUCACCCAUAGGAGGCCUAAACAAUAUGCUUAUGCCUGCGUCUUACAUGGGAAUGCCUCCAGCGAAUCCGUUUCUCAUGGGAAGUCAAAUGGGAAUGAACGGCCUUCAAAUGCCUCUCUUUCAAAACCCGCAAUUAUCUUUAAGUCAAGGGUGGCCUUCGCCACUGGGUCAGCUUCCCCAACAAUUCCCUUCAUCGCCUCUUUUGUCGUCUUUACCUCAAGGAUAUGAUCCUUUACUUUACAGCGGUCUGAUCGGAAUGUUUGCAAAUGCAAUUCGUUCGUCCAUGAUCCAGCCUCAACCAAACGUCCUGGCGUCAGCCUUGGCCCUUGCGGCAAGUCAAGCUCAGGCACGCAAUCAGCCCGCUGAUCUUCUCACCGCUGCUCUAACCCAGGCCUUGGCUCAAAACUUACAACAGGGUAUUCAACCAAUCAGCAAUGCUAAAUUGGUGCAGGCAUUGUCGCAAGCCCUGUCUCAAGGUCAGCCUGCAAUGCGACAGAAUUCGAACGUUCCAGGCUACCCUCCACAACCGCCUCCACCAAACCAACAGCAACCACCACCACCACCUCCACCCAACCAACAACAACCACCACCACCACUACCACCACGACCAGGACCGACUCCUUAUCCUCAAAUAAAAAUUCCUCCUUAUCAAGUUGUUCCUAAUACGGACCAACCACAGUGGCCCCCUUAUCGAGACACUAGGUCCGAUGCCGCAAAUAAUAACUACUCAGUAAACAAGGUUGGUAAAGCACUUGCAAGUGCCCUGAUCAAAGCAGCAAGGAAGAUAGCUAGUCGAAAUCCGUCUGUUACAAAAACAAGUCACAGAGACGCACGUUACAGACACCGAAAUCGGGAAAGAGAACGCUCAUUUGUUCCUUUACAACAUUCGCGUUUAAAUUCAAAGACAAUGAACCCCGUAAAAACGCAAUUAGCUGACAAGGACAUGAAGACAAUUUUUGCCAUGUUUCGUCCAUUUUGGAAAAAUAUAGCAAAGCGUUGUAAUCUUAGAGGGUGUCUUUUGUUGCAAAGAUGUUCUAGCUAG